AUGGUUUUCUGUUUCAGAUUUAUAAAUAGUUUUGAUGAGAGCUUCAACGUCACAGCGGGCGAGAAGGCUUAUGUGAACGUCACCAGUCACAAUGCCAGCGAGUAUCAGUUUUUCUCUUUGGGCGUAAAAAACUUUACGAUAAGCUCAACACAACAGAUUCCACAAAACUGUACAAAGAAUUUCCAAUCAUCCAACCUUGAAUUCGGUAGUGCCUUCACCUACGUAAUCAGAAGGGAGGAUACUGGCUGCCCCAAAAUGUAUGAGUUUGAAGAUAUUUCACCCAACACAAUUAACAUGGCUCUGCAGAUUCCGCAAUAUUUCCUCCUCACCUGCGGCGAGGUGGUUUUCUCUGUCACGGGACUGGAGUUCUCAUAUUCUCAGGCCCCCUCCAACAUGAAGUCAGUGCUUCAAGCAGGAUGGCUGUUGACGGUGGCUGUUGGCAACAUCAUUGUGCUUAUUGUAGCAGGAGCAGGCCAGUUCAGCGAACAGUGGGCUGAGUACAUUCUGUUUGCGGCGUUGCUCCUGGUGGUCUGCAUAGUAUUUGCCAUCAUGGCCCGGUUCUAUACUUACGUCAAUCCAGCGGAGGUUGAAGCUCGGUUUGAUAAUGAGGAUGAGAAAAAGAACCUGGAAAAUAUGAAUAUAUAUGCCACAGUGGCUCCCGUCUCACAGACACAGAUGUGAAUGUCAGGAAGCAAGUGGAGGAUGGACCGGGUCCAGGACAUACCCUGACUUCUGUCCCCUGGUGGCAAGACACUCUGAUGGGGAGGACUUCGGAAUUGUGAACCAAGAAUGCUCUUUCUAAGCAUCCAGCAAUGAACCUAAAACUCUGAAAGAAGUCUUUUUAUUUUGAGAAAAGUCAUAUUUAAAGCAUGUACACACAUACGUACACAUACACACGCAUUUCUACAACGAUGAAUCCAUGCCCUGCCUUUAACUCCUUUUCUACCACGUAAAUGAAGUUAUUUUGGACUAACUAGUCAUUUUUUGAAAGGGUGGCAAAGUUCCAUGUUGUUUGCAUUCUAACCCUCUUUGAAAACACUGUUAAAUGAGGCAGGAGCCGAUGUGAAAAGUGAAUUUACAUGCUUUAGAAUGGCAUGUAAUAAUAAGCACCAGCUAGUAUUAACUGAUAAUUUUACCUUUUGUUUUUUGUUUUAUUUUUUCCAUUCCCUACCUCUUUUUAAAUUUUGUAUGACUCAAAGACCACUCAGGUAAAGGCCAGUAAUGAUUUUUGGUGUCUCAAGUAUGAAAUACAUUCCUGUUCUUAAAAAUAAGUAUCUGUGUGUUUUGGGGGUAGGAUAAGAAAUCCUUAACCUGUGUCCCGAUUCUAAAAGUUGUGUACACUCAAUAAAAUGUCAUCAGAAGUUGAUAAAAGUAUGAACAAAAGCAAUGUCCACAUACAAUAAAUUCCAGGAAC